AUGUCUAAACUUGAGAAAACAUUAGGUGCUUUAUUUAGUAGUCUUUUCAGUAAGCUCUGGGGUGAAAAAGAGGUUCGUAUAUUGAUUCUUGGUCUUGAUGGUGCUGGUAAGACCACGAUUCUCUAUCGACUUCAGAUUGGCGAAGUAGUCUCUACUAUUCCUACUAUUGGUUUCAAUGUUGAAACAGUCGCUUAUAAAAACAUCAAGUUCCAAGUGUGGGAUUUAGGUGGUCAGACGAGUAUAAGACCUUACUGGCGAUGUUAUUAUUCUAAUACCGACGCUAUUAUCUAUGUCGUCGAUAGUGUUGAUAAGGACCGUAUGCAGACAUCAAGGGAAGAAUUACAUGCUAUGUUAGAUGAAGAAGAAUUACAAGAUGCAGCACUUUUGGUAUUUGCAAACAAACAAGAUAUGGAAGGGGCAUUAUCUGCUGCAGAAGUAGCUGAUGCACUUGGUUUAUCAACAUUAAAAAACAGACAAUAUUCCAUCUACAGAACAAGUGCAUUAAAGGGUGAAGGUCUAACAGAGGGUUUGGAUUGGCUUGUAAACAUUAUUCAAGAAAACAAAAAGUAA